AAAAAAAUAAUAAUGAUAAUCGGGAAAUGGACACACAGGAAAUUUUUUAUUGAAAUAAUGAUACUUAACAAGUGUGCUUCAAUAAGUGUAAACUUUGUUCAGGCUGUUGGAAGCAGUUGACGCAUUUGCUUCUAUUAUGUUAGACCCGGUUAGAAUGGAGCAAUGGCCUUUUGUCAGAUUUCUUCUGUAAUAUAAUGCAUACUGGAAUUUAGAGCUCUUAAUAAUGAUUUCCUUAAACUGCAGGUUAUUGGUGGUUUUUCUUGCCUUUGACGUGUUCUUCAUGAUCUUUUGCGUCAUAAUGGCAUGUAUUAUUUUCUUUGCAUUGUUUUUUUGCUUUCCGAUCUUAGCUACAGUUGCCUAUGCUAUGACUAUUGGAGAAGGGGCCUCAGAAAGCGAUAUUAUGGCACUUCCAAAGUACAUAUAUUGCCAGCCCAAUUCUUUGACAGAACUUGAUAAGGGUAUAAUGGACAAAGUUGAAUUAAUUCCAAAGUCUGAUAACAGUAACUCUCCUACUGAGCUUGCUCUUCAUCUAGAAGAUUCUGAGUGCUGCAUAUGCCUCUAUAGGUACGUUGAUGGGGUAGAGUUGUGCAGACUUCCUUGCAACCACCAUUUCCAUCAUAGUUGCAUCAGCAAAUGGCUGCACAUAAACGCAACAUGCCCUCUCUGCAAAUUCAACAUUCUCAGUGCCGAGACGUUGGUUUGAUCAUUCUCAGCCAAGAUUAAUCCAGGAUGUAACCUGGAUAACAACAGGAAUAUAGGUGCCCAUCUUGCUUAUCUUCAAGGUACAGUAGAAAUGCAGAUUUUAUGCAGAGCUUCAUCUGGGGUUCUUGAUGUAUUGUUUUUUGCUGUAUCAGAUGUUGUACUAUACAUGGGGUUUUUACCUACAUUCUGAAGCUUAAUUCUGAUAUCUAUAUAGUCAGGUUUUACCCCCAAAGAAGUGGCAAAAAGGAUACAUGUAGCAGAGUUGAAAUUAAUUGGAAAUAAGACUUAGUUUGUUGUAUAGUCAUGUUUCAGUCAUCAACUAAAUCGGCGAACCUCAAUACACACAUGUAUGUAAGUUAAGAGUUUCCAACAGUCCACCAAAUACUUUGUUUAUGUUUGCUAAGAAUCUAAGUAGAACUUGUUAGAAGAGGAAGAGGGAGGUCGAAACUAACUUUGUGUGAUAUGUUUGCUAGUGAUCUGGUUGUUUUGAAAUGUCAUACAGUCGACUUUAAAUUUAUUAGGAACAAGAUUCGGUUUGUUGUUAUUGUGUAAGUGGACAAUCUUACAAUCAAAUUACUUGAAUAGUUUUGUA